AUGAUCUACGAAAAGAGAAGCGAAACUGCAGCUGGCAAUGUUGAAGAGACUCCGGUUUCCACGGGCACUGUGAAGGAGACCUACAAUGUCGACGUUGUAUCGGCUAAUGAUCAUAGUCUGCAGAGAAAGCUGAAGCCUCGUCAUAUGCAAAUGAUUACAAUUGGUGGUGUGAUUGGUACCGGUCUCUUUCUAGGCACAGGAGGUAAUUUGGAGAAUGGAGGUCCUGCAGGUCUUCUCAUUGCUUACUGCAUCAUGGCCUCUCUGCUCUUUUCGGUCAUGGUCGCAUUGGGCGAAAUGGUGUCACAAUUCCCUAUACCUGGCGGUCAAUUCGCUCUUGCUGAUCGCUUCGUAUCUCGGGAACUGGGCUUUGCUAUGGGAAUUCUUUAUUGGUACAAAUACUCAAAUCAUGCAGUUGUACUUCCAGCGGAGAUUUCAGCAGCCGCUGUUCUUGUCUCAUACUGGACUCCCGCAGGAGAUGUCAAUUCAACUUGCACGGCCGGUAUUUGCAACAAUGCAUUGUGGGUAGCUCUGAUGCUUCUAGUAGUGUGGGCGGUUAACGCAGCUGGGACACGAGUCUUUGGGGAGAUGGAGUUCUGGUUUUGUUCAAUCAAGGUCAUAACAAUCAUUGGCCUCAUCAUCACUGGUAUUAUCAUCACUGCCGGCGGGGGUCCUAAUCAUGAAGCGAUUGGGUUCCGAUACUGGAAUCAAACCGGAGGGUUUGUACAGUAUGAAGGAAUUGAGGGGGCCAAGGGUCGUUUCCUUGGAUUCUUCAGCGUUCUUAUCCAAGCUGCAUUUGCCUUUAUUGGAACCGAGAUCACGGCUAUUGCAUCCGCAGAAACGGCGAACCCCCAGAAGAACGUGCCCCGUGCCAUCAAAGCAGUCUGGAUACGGCUUGUGUUAUUCUACGUUUGCAGCGCUUUCGUGAUUGGGCUAUUAGUCUCUCCAUCAGACCCUUCUCUUGAUCUCUCUUCUACUGCAGCAAAGAGCCCAUUUGUGAUCGCUAUCAAAAAUGCCGGGAUACCAGCUUUACCAUCUAUUAUCAAUGCAGCCAUCCUCACCAGCGCCUGGUCGUCUGGAUGUGCUGAUCUUUUCGUUUCAUCCCGGACUCUUUACGGCCUUGCUGCCCGUGGUCAUGCCCCGAAGAUUUUCUUGAAAACUCGGAGAGAUGGUCUCCCAUGGGUCAGUGUUAUCUUCUGUGGGGCCUUUUCAUUAUUGUCUUUCAUGGCAGCAUCCAAGGGUAAAGCAGGCACUGCAUUCGGCUACUUCUCAAAUAUGACAGCAAUUUGUGGCAUGAUAUCAUGGACGUGCAUUCUCUGGACAAGUAUUCGGUGGCAUAACGGACUUAAAAUCCAUGGAAUCGAUCGAAAGACUCUUGCCUACCGGGCGCCUCUCCAGCCCUAUCUCUCAUACUAUGGCAUGUUCAUAUGCAUCAUGGUGAUAAUCUUUGGUGGUUUCGGAUCUUUUAUCCACAAAUUCGACACAUCUUCUUUUAUCACGACUUACUUCCCCAUACCGUUCUUCGCAGUGCUUUUCUUUGCUUACAAGUUGUGGAACAAGUCUAAAAUCAUCAAAUAUGUAGAUAUGGACUUUGUCAGUGGCUCGUCUGUGGAUAUUCCAGAGGAGAGAGGAUCUGAUGAUGUUCUGAGUCUCGGAACUCGAAGACAUAGUUUGACAAAUGAGACUGCUGAAAUGCUAUCAAGUUUACCAACUUCGAAACCCAUGUUGGUGUUGGCUGGCUACGAUGCCCCAAGCCUUGGCAGAACAGCUUUAGCUUUCUUCGAUUUUCUACCUUUAGUUAAUACUUUGGCUAUGCCCACUUUAAGAACGAGACUUCACUUGAAGAUACACAUGUAG